UCCGGUGCGCGGGCAGGGCGGGGCGGCCCGAGGCCCAGCGUGGAGUUAAGCCGCCUCCCUGGCCGAGGAGUGGGAGCCCACAGCAGGCGGCUGAGCCUGGCCUACGCUCCAGAAAGCUGCCUUCCCGGACAGCUGAAAGCCAGCGGCGAACAUGAAGAACAGCCCCGGCCUCCAGGCCGCCAUCGACCUCACGGCGGGUGCGGUGGGGGGCACGGCGUGCGUACUCACCGGGCAGCCCUUCGACACGAUGAAAGUCAAGAUGCAGGCGUUCCCCAGCCUGUACUCGGGCCUCACCGACUGCUUCCUGAAGACCUACUCCCACGUGGGGUUGCGGGGCCUCUACAGGGGCACAGGCCCCGCACUGAUGGCCUAUGUGGCCCAGAACUCUGUCCUCUUCAUGUGCUACGGUUUCUGCCAGAAGUUUGUCAGGAGCGUGGCCGGACUGGACAAGAAGGCGAAGCUGAACGACCUGCAGUCUGCGGCCGCGGGCUCCCUGGCCUCGGCGUUCGCCGCGCUGGCCCUCUGCCCCACUGAGCUGGUCAAGUGCCGGCUGCAGACCAUGUACGAGUUGCAGCUAUUAGGGAAGAUAGCAAAGAGCCAUAAUACAAUUUGGUCUGUGGUGAAGAGCAUCCUCAGAAAGGACGGCCCCUUAGGCUUCUACUACGGACUCUCGAGCACUCUGCUGCAAGAAGUACCGGGCUAUUUCUUCUUCUUCGGGGGCUACGAACUGAGCCGAUCGUUUUUUGCCUCAGGCAGAUCAAAAGAUGAACUAGGUCCAGUUCCAUUGAUGUUAAGCGGUGGAGUUGCUGGAAUCUGCCUCUGGCUUGUCAUAUUCCCAGUGGAUUGUAUUAAGUCCAGAAUUCAAGUUCUUUCCAUGUAUGGAAAACAGGCAGGAUUUUUUGGAACUCUUUUGGGCAUUGUGAAAUAUGAAGGAAUAGCAGCCUUAUACUCUGGACUGAAACCUACCAUGGUUCGAGCAGUCCCUGCCAAUGGGGCACUAUUUUUGGCCUAUGAGUACAGUAGGAAGAUGAUGAUGAGCCAGUUGGAACCCUGCUGAAGUGUCUUGGUGAAACUGGAUCCAACCACAGGAGUCUGAAGACUGAGGUUCCAUUGAGUGUUCUUGGAGUACUAGAUAUGUGUAAUUAUUUUCCUCCUCAUGGGAAUUUUGAUUUUUGUCUUCACAUACUCUCUCCUCAAUCUUAAACAUUUGGAAGGGCUUCUACAUCAUAAAAUUUCUGCCUGCAAUUGUAUUGCAAUAGAAAUGUAGCUGUGCAUGCCUUUGGUGGGGUACACAGCAUGAGCCAGAGACCCCAGGUACCUAAUCUGAAAGGCUAAAUACAGUUCUUUCAGGGUGAAACACAAUGUGGUUUCAUGUUUAAUCUUAAUAUUGCCCAAAAAAGCCAACCUUGACCAUGUUCCAUGUAGACAGUCACACAUGAUUGCUUAAUUCAUUUAAAAUUCAGGCUCUUUUCUCAAGUUUGCUUAAGACAACCAGUCUAUUAGGUUGUUAAUGCUUUUAAAAAGUUUUUGUGUGGUGCUUGAGAACCAAACUACCCAUGUAGAUUUUUUAACUUCUAACUUCUAAUAAUUUUAUUAUUUUAUUUGAAAGGCAGAGUGACAGAGACAGAGUCUUAUCCCAUCUGCUGGCUCACUUUCUAAAAGCCCACAGUAGCUAAGGCUGAGCCAGGCUGAAGCCAGGAGCCAGGAACUCAGUCUCCCACUCGAGAGUCAGGGACUGAAGUAGUUGAGCCAUCACCUGCCACCUCCCAGGGCACACAUUAAGAAGAAGCUAGGAUGGAGACUGGACCCCAGACUUGAACCCUGGCACUCCAAUGUGGGACACAGGCAUCUUAACCAUCAGCCUAACCACAAGGCCAAAUGCUCAUUCCCCUCACAUAGAUUUUUAAGAAGAAAAUGUAGCUGCAUGCUGAUGCGAAGUAGUCUCUGAGUAGACGUGCUGAAUUUUCCCAAGAUUUUCUUAUAAUGGUGGUGGGACCAGUGCUGUGACACAGUGGGUUAAAGCCCCGGCCUGCAGCACUGGCAUCUCAUAUGGGCACCAGUUCGAGUUCCAGAUGCUCCACUUCCAAAACAGCUCCUUGUUAAUGUGCCUGGGAAAGCAGCAGAGGAUGGCCCAAGUCCUUGGGGCCCUUCACCCACAUGGGAGACCCAGGAGAAGCUCCUGGCUCCUGGCUUUGGAUUGGCUCAAUUCUGGCUGUUGUGGUCAUUGGGGGAGUGAACCAGCUAAUGGAAGAUCCCCUCCCCCCUUCUGUCUGUCACCUCUCUCUGUCUCUACCUCUCGCUGUAACUCUGUCUUUCAAAUAAAUAAAAUAAAUUUUUUUUAAAAAAUAGUGGCAUUCAUUCUAAGUGGGACUAUAAUCUGCAUUGUAACUAUAUUAUUGGGCCUAGAGGAUCAGGUCAUUGGAAAGCAGAACGGCCAUCAUCUGCACCAGCUUCCCCUCUUCUCUUUUCCCAGAGAACCAGGCUUUAGACUGAGGGAGGGGCGGGGGCAUGGGGAUGUGCUGCUAUGCUUUGAUGAAGACCCAUAUGACUGAAAACAGUUCUUCUAGUCCCUGAGUCUGGGCUUGCAUAGGACUCCAGGGUGUUCUGUUGGUGCAUUUAGGAGUUUUUGAUUCAUCUGGGUUUACUCACUGUUCUAUCUGCUUCCACCAGUCAAAAACUCUUCCAGGGCACAGAAAGUGCCAAAGCCAAGGGGAACUUUUGCUCCUUUCUUGGUGACAGAGUGAUAGCACUACUGGGUGAUAUCAUGUUCUCUCAGGUGAAACUAGAAAGUACUUAGUGCUUUUAUUUUCCAAUAAGUAAUGUCAGGGGUGACCCAUUCUUGAAAUUGUACCUUUCGGGUCUACAAGCCCUUGUGCUUUUACAGUGCUAGAUACAGCCUUCUAAAUUUGGUAUGGGCCAUCCAUGAAUUUUAAUGAGACUGUAUAUAGGGUAUGACUUUAUAAAGCAAAUAAGUCUAAGGAAAGUAAUUUUAUUAAACUAUACCAUAUGUAUGUCUAUAGUCACUGGUAGAAAAAAAAAAGCAAAUAGCAAAAUCCCACACACAUCAAAACAAAGCAAAAACCCAUUCCCCCCAAAUCCUAGUUUACCUUUUCUCCACAGACUUGGAGGUAAGUAGCUAGUCUUUGUCUAUAUUGGCAUGAGAGAGUCAUUCCUGUCACCACUAAAAUAAGCUUCAUCAUUCCAUGCUGCUCCAAGACCAGCAGUCUUAAUAGUAGUCCAUGCCAUGGAUGUCUAUCACUGCGCCAGAAUUUCAAUCCUGAAUGAAAACUUCGUUCCCUAAGCUUGUCAUUCUCCAAACUUUCCUGUUAACUCUAACCCUAGUGCCAGAAGCAACAGGAGCAGGGAAACCAGACGCUGACAAAGGCUACUGGGACUCAGGAAGGGGAUGGGUAAUGCUGAGCCUGGAGUGCUUGGCAGCUAUGACUGCUCUUCCAUUACAUUUGCUUGUACUUUCAAAGAAAACCAUUGUUUUCUACUUCACUUUUGAGCUUUUAAUAUACUUAAGUUAUAUAUUCCAUACUUACAUGGUCAGUAGCUAUUGAGUGGUGCUUUAUCUGAGUAGGUAUACAUUAAAGUAGAAUUGAAAACAGAUCUGGCUUUCAUCCAGAAGUGGGUUGUUUUCGUUUGCCUGGCACCUGUGAACAAAGCUAAGUUAGUUCUGAUGUCAGCAGACCUUCACGCAUGCCAUCUUUUAAAGGAUUAACUAAACCUCUACAAUAGAACAGUAUGAAGCAAGUAAAAGUGAGUGGAAUUGAGGAAUGGAAAUUAAGUCAGGAGUACUUUUCCCCCCAUUCUAUUUGCUUAAUUUGUCAUUUAAUAUUUGGGUACAAUUUGUAUCAUUCCAGGUAUGUACUCCAAACAAAAAUACUUGAAAUACUGUUUUUUAAAAAAUUUAUUUAUUGCUUGAAAGGCAGAGAAACAGAUUUCUUAUCUGCAGGUACACUCCCCAAAUGCCUAUAAAUAGCAAGGUGCGGGCCAGGCCAAAGCCAGGGGCCUGUAACUUGAUCCUGUUUUCCCACACAGCUUGCAGUGACCUAAGUAUUUGGGCCAUCACCUGCUGACUCCCAAGGUGCUCAUCAGCAGGAAGCUGGAAUUGGAAGUAUAGCUGAGACUCGAACCAGGUACUCUGAUAUGGGAUGUGAACAUCUCGAGCAGAUCUGAAAAACCAUACCAAACAACUACCCUGAAAUACUGUUGUUUUAAAAAAUCUGAGUGUUAAAUCAUUAAGUUAUUUAUCUGCAUAAAAAUAUUUAUUUAGGGGCCAGUGUUGUAGCAUAGUGGGUAGGGCCACCACCUAUAAGGCCUGCAUUCUAUGUAGUACUGUUUCAGUUCUCAACUGCUGUACUUCCGGUCCAGCUCCCUGCUAAUGUGUCUGGGAAAGCAGCAGAAGAUGGCCCAAGAGCUUGGGCCCCUGCAUCCAUAUGAGAGACCAGGAUGAAGCUCUGGCUUCUGGCUUCAACCAGCCUUGGCCACUGUCACCAUUUGGGGAGUAAACCAGUAAUGGAUAAUCAUUGUCUCUUCUCUCUAUAGCUCUGCCUUACAAAUAAAUCUUAAAAGAUUUUCUUACUCAACUCAUACCAUUUAUAAUAUUCAUAUAGUGCUCUGGUUGUUAAAACACUAAUGGUAUCUGUUUUUUCUCAACGAUCUUAUGGUGUAAUUGUUCUACAGUUAGAAGAGUAAUAAUCUAGAAUAAAAUUUAAAAGAAAAAAGGCAGACUCCAACCUGUGUGUGUGUGUGUGUGUGUGUGUGUGUGUGAAAUCAGUGAUAGAACCUCUGAAUUUAAGGAACUCUUCCUUCUGUUUUUGUAUUGUGAUUUUUUGUAUUCCUUUAUUGCUGCAGUAUUUGUUUUCAAUAUUGAAAUUGGUCAGCUCUUUCUGAUGCCUAGCUUUGUUUUAAAUUUUACUAAAUUUACCCCUCAACUGAAAAACCUUUUCUGUUAUUUAUGACUCCCUUUGGGCUACUGCCAGGGCCAAAUUGUCUGCAUUUCACAAUGUAGCUGGAAAAUCAUUCUCUUCCUAGCUUCCACAGGAUCCCAAGAUGCACUAAAGUACAUGGGAUCUCUCAGAAGGAUCGUUAAGAGGUCAUGGAGUAUCAAACUUGCUCAUUUGCUUCAUGGUCUUGUUGCCCAAUUGGCAAGAGAGGUAAUUUGUUUUCUUCUGGCCCAGACCUCUAAUUAGGGGUGAUAGUUACUCUAGGAAAUUAACUGGACACAUAACAGCACCUGGAGAUUUGUACUUACAGCUAGGAAGUAU